CGUGAGGUUCACCGGGUUCACCUGCAUUUUCCCUCUAAGCUUUCUGUACUCAAUAUCAGGCGUCGCCACUUUCUAUGCGAAUGUCAAAGACGGCGGUGGUGUGAAAAUCGCCUAGUGUUAGGCAAUAUUAUACAGUCGAGUCGAGGCAUUUUCAAAGUUAAAAGUCCAUCCACCUGGAAUACUUCCACACUUUACUUGCAUUGUGCUCAUUUCGGGUGAAAAUGACUGAGAAUAGUGUACUCUUGAGUCUGAAGCAGCGGUACAUGUGGGGCGGAAUGCCCUGCUAUCCAGCUACUCACUUUGACGCCGCCAAUAGUGCUCUGGAAUUGUUGCGCCUCAAUGUCCAGGAGCCUUUUAGUAAGGAAGUUUUGGGGAUUGUGGCCAAAUUUCGAGAGAAAUAUUUCUUGCCGGCCAUGAAGAAUAUUAAAGAGAAUCUUGGGGAACAUUCAAUCACCGAUGAGCAGAUUCAUAGAGUUUGUGUAGCUCUUCUGGUUGGAGCUAAGGAUUUUCUGGAGACAAAGUGGAAUGAGGAAGAGGAGAAUGGUCAAGGGGAAAGUUCAGCAGCUGGUAGUGGGAAAAGUGGGCCAAGGAAGCGAAAGGAAAUGGAAAUUGAAAAUUUAACACCUCCCAAGCGUUCGAAUACAAUUCCAGAGACAACUGUAGGAUCAACAAUUCGGCCCCAGAAGACUCCAAAGACAGAAAUAAAUUUUGUAUUGGAGUCACAGGCUAGCAAGGUGUUUGAGAGGGAGAGAAUUUUGGCUAAGCAUCCUGAAUUGACAAACUAUCAGCCAGAUUUCCAGGAUAGAGAAUGGUUGGUGAGUCAGAAGAUUAUACCCAGUAGAAAUACACCAGCAACUCUUCUGCUCCACGAAGAACUCCUAAAGCUUGCCGAAGGACGUCCAGAAUACAGGAAUUCAGUGAAAGUUGGUGAUUUGCAGAUAUUGAGACUUCCGGAAUUUAUGCUUAAAAAAAUCAAUUCAGGAAAUGGAGAUUUGACCAAGGCACAAACCCUGAAGCCCAAGAGCUCACUUAGCUCAUCCCAUGCCACUCUCUCUGCCCUUCUGGCCAAACAGACCGAUUUAUCUCCAGAGGAAACGUAAAUUUCUUCAAAUGCUCCUUUUAAAGGCUUCUACUUUUCCCUUCUCGCUUGAGCUUCUUGCCUGAUCCUUGUUGGAUUUUAGCCAAUUAUUUUUCCGUAUUUUGAAGGUUUCACCAAAUCUCCUAAUCAAAA